GUGCUGCAGAGUCUCCAAGGCACCAUGAACGCCAUUGUGGCUCUCUGUCACUUCUGCGAGCUCCAUGGUCCUCGCACUCUGUUUUGUACAGAGGUUCUGCACUCUCCGCUUCCGCAAGGGGCUGGGAAUGGGGACAGCCCUGGCCAGGGUGAACAAGCUGAGGAGGAGGAAGGCGGGAUUCAGAUGAGCAGUCGGAUCCGUGCUCACAGUCCAGCAGAAGGGGCCAGCGCAGAAUCCAGCAGCCCAGGACCCAAAAAGUCGGAUAUGUGUGAGGGCUGCCGAUCACUUGCUGCUGGGCAUCCUGGGUAUAUCAGCCACGAUAAAGAGACCUCGAUUAAAUAUGUCAGUCACCAGCACCCCAACCACCCCCAGCUCUUCAGUGUUGUCCGCCAGGCGUGUGUCCGGAGCCUGAGCUGUGAGGUCUGCCCUGGCCGGGAAGGCCCCAUCUUCUUUGGGGAUGAGCAGCACGGUUUUGUCUUCAGCCACACCUUCUUCAUCAAAGACAGCCUGGCCAGAGGCUUCCAGCGCUGGUAUAGCAUCAUUGCCAUCAUGAUGGACCGGAUUUACCUCAUCAACUCCUGGCCCUUCCUGCUGGGGAAGAUUCGUGGGAUCAUUGAUGAACUCCAGGGCAAGGCACUGAAGGUGUUUGAAGCAGAGCAGUUUGGAUGCCCACAACGUGCUCAAAGGAUGAACACAGCCUUUACACCAUUUCUGCACCAAAGAAACGGGAAUGCCGCUCGUUCUCUGACAUCCUUGACAAGUGACGACAAUUUGUGGGCAUGCCUUCACACUUCCUUUGCCUGGCUCCUGAAGGCAUGUGGCAGCCGGCUGACAGAGAAGCUCCUGGAGGGCGCUCCCACUGAGGACACCCUGGUCCAGAUGGAAAAGCUUGCAGACUUAGAAGAAGAAUCAGAAAGUUGGGACAACUCAGAAACUGAAGAGGAAGAAAAAGCACCUGGCCUGCCAGAGGGUGCAGAAGGACGAGAGCUGACCAAAUGCCCAACAGACUCUUCCUUGCUCUCAGACUGUGGAAAUUGGCAGACCCGAAAGCUGUCCGUCUUUAAGUCUCUUAGGCAUAUGAGGCAGGUACUGGGCGCCCCAUCUUUUCGCAUGUUGGCUUGGCAUGUUCUCAUGGGAAACCAGGUGAUCUGGAAAAGUAGAGAUGCAGACCUUGUUCAGUCAGCUUUUGACGUUCUUCGGACCAUGCUGCCGGUGGGCUGCGUCCGCAUCAUUCCCUACAGCAGCCAGUACGAGGAGGCCUACCGGUGCAACUUCCUGGGCCUCAGCCCCCACGUGCAGAUCCCCCUGCACGUGCUCUCCUCAGAAUUUGCUGUUGUGGUGGAGGUUCACAUGGCCACCCGCUCCAGCCUCCACCCCACUGGCUGUGAGGAUGAUCAGUCUCUCAGCAAGUACGAGUUUGUGGUGACCAGUGGCAGUCCAGUAGCUGCAGACCGAGUCGGACCCACUAUCCUGAAUAAGAUGGAAGCUGCUUUGACCAACCAGAAUCUCUCUGUGGAUGUGGUGGACCAGUGCCUCAUCUGCCUGAAGGAGGAAUGGAUGAACAAAGUAAAGGUCCUUUUUAAAUUCACCAAAGUGGACAGUCGACCCAAAGAAGACACGCAGAAGCUCCUGAGUAUUCUGGGUGCCUCUGAGGAGGACAAUGUGAAGCUGCUCAAAUUCUGGAUGACAGGCCUGAGCAAAACCUACAAGUCACAUCUCAUGUCUACAGUCCGUAGCCCCACAACCUCAGAGGCUCGAAACUGACCCAUCAUAGGAAUGUGUCCAAUGCACACUGCCUGGAAAGGGGUGACACAGCCAUCCUUGCCUUCAGCUGAGAGAGGUCUUCUGUCAGAUUGUGACAGACUCCUCCCAUUGGGAACUGCAGCACGGAGCUGUUUCCUGCAAGGGACAGAGAUUGGGGCUUGAACUUUUCCUUCUGCUGUGUGGGAUUGGACUCGGUAUACUUGGUAUCCUCCCUCCAACUGGAGUGCUUCAGAGACAGGGAAAGUAAUAGUGAGUGCCCAGUGUUUGCGCACCUGUAAGAAGCGGUGGGUAGGGAAAUGUGUAUUUUAUCAGAAAUUUCAACUGUGGAGGAAAGAUGUGCCAUUCUAGUCCCAAUGUGGGUAUUUGAGCUGUAAUAACACACCCUUUCUCAAGGCUAAUGUUUGAACCUUUCCAUUUUGAAAUUCAAUUUUCCAGGUUGUAUGUUUGGUUCUGUAUGUUUUACUGCACUUGUGAAAUUCCAGUACAUGCUGAUCUUUAGUCAUUUUUAGUGAUCUGGUUUUGAGUUAGGACUGUUAAGAAAGGUUUUUUUGGAGUUAGAGUGGAUUUUCCUCAUUGGAUCCCCUAAAAUUUAUGUUCUGAAAUUACGUGGGUAUGUUCUCUUGUGGCUUUGAGUGUGCGAUAUAGCCUAUAGCAGCCUAGAGCAACUCCCAGAGGACAAACCCAGGUCUUUGUCACUGGAAGAUGCUUUGCUGAUGUGGAGAAUCAAGGCUUCUGAUCUGCCUAACUCACUGUGUAUAGACUUGAGAGACCCACUGUGGUUUUAUGCCAUAUCACUUCACCCUGUAGUUGACUUUAUACAUUUACAUUUGCCUAUGGAUAAGUUAAGUUUUCAGAAUAUGGUUUUAAGAGUGAAUGUGGGGUGGGGGGGAGAUUUUACAGCAGUCUUGCUAUUUGUUUAUAGUUUUUUUGUUUAUAUUUAACAUAAAGAUUAAGUUUAUAUGACUAGGUCUCUGUAUCAUGAAAGAACUUAAAACACAAUAAAAGUGUAUUUUUGUA